UGUGUGUCGAGUAGUUGCGUACGUUUUGGUGGUUGCACUCAUACGGGAUGACAGCUGAUUGAAGCGAAAAUUUUGCAGAGCUCUGAUCAUUCGAUGUAAAUUAGUGACGGUGAACAUCGAAACGAACGAUUCCAGUCGAUCACAUUGUUCGUACAUAAUUCAUCCGGGAUCUCACCCAGGGCCGUGGAUUUAUCGUUGAGAUGGCAGAUCGGGAGGAAUUGGUCUCCCAGUUUCGCGACGUGACCGGCACUGAUGCUGAGAGGGCACAAUUUUAUCUAGACUCAUCCGCUUGGCAGCUAGAGGUUGCUCUAGCGAGUUUUUAUGAGAAUGAUGAGCCAGCUGGCCUUGUCAAUGAGCCGGUCGAAGAAGUUGCAUCUGAUGAUGACGUCGGGGGCCUGCCACGUCCAAAAGAACCAACUCCUACAGAAAUUAAGCCUUCUCAGCCUCGGCCGAAGCCAAAAGCCAGGUUUGGAACUAUUGCAGACUUACAAAACAGGGAUAGUAGUUCAGAGGAAGAGGAAGGUCAAGCAUUCUAUGCUGGCGGCUCGGAACACAGCGGUCAACAGGUUUUAGGACCAGGAAAAAAAAGUGACAUUGUAGGCGAAAUGUUCAAAUCUUGUCAGGAGCAAGCAGUUUCUUCCGAUCCUAGAGUUACCUCGCAACAAAGGCCCAGUACUUUUGGCGGAACAGGAUAUAAACUGGGACAAACUAGCAGCGACACAGAAGUAACUCCCUCACCAUCUACUCAAGAAAGCAAUACCGGAUUGAUUACGUUGAAACUGUGGCGAGAAGGGUUCACUUUAAACGAUGGUGACAUUAGACCAUAUAACGAUCCUGGUAACCGAGAAUUUUUGGCUGCUAUAAAGCGUGGUGAAGUUCCCAUGGAGAUACGCCAAGAAGUACAAGGUGCCGAGGUUAGACUGGAUAUGGAAGAUCAUCGUCAUGAAGAAUUCGUACCACCUAAAGUCAAAGUAAAGGCUUUUACUGGGAAGGGACACAUGCUAGGAAGCCCAUCGCCAGCAACGGUAGGCAUGACCGUUCCAGUUGAUUCUGUAGAUCAAACAGCGAAUGAGUCACAAGCCAGAAGGGAAUUGAAUUUAGAUUCUUCUCAACCAGUGACAACAAUUCAGAUUCGAUUAGCAGAUGGAAGCAGCGUCAGAGCUCAGUUUAAUCUGACGCACACAGUUUCUGACAUCAGACGUUAUAUUUUGACCAUGAGACCCCAGUAUGCGUCUUGUAAUUUCCGCCUACUGACGUCAUAUCCGAGCAAGGAGUUAACUGAGGACAGUAAAACUAUCGAAGAAGCUGGACUUAAAAAUUCGGCUAUAAUGCAGCGACUGUAAUAGAAAACGUUUAUGA